AUGGCAGCGCAGCCUGACAUCAUCAUGGUGGACAGCGAGUCCGACUCUGGCGACAGCCAAGAAAUAGAGAUUCGGAACACCGCACCACGCCACGACUUCAUUGAAGUCUUCAGCCCACCAAGGGUGACCUUUGCUUGUCAACGCCAGGGCCUGGUGGCUGAACACGGCAUAGACAUAGUGACAGGUUUUGACCUGAACACCUUUGAAGGUCGCGCUGCCACACUGCAGCUGUUGGGGAAGGCCCGGCCAAGGUUCCUCAUGCUGAGCCCCCCAUGCACAAUGUACUCGGCGCUGCAGGGCUUGUUCAACUUGCACAAGAUGAAUCCGCAAGUCCUGCAGCAGCGAAUGGUUGAGGCAGACAGCCUGUUGAAAUUCGCAAUGUUUCUGUGCAAGAGACAACAUGACCGAGGAGCUUUCUUCUGUUUUGAACAUCCACAUCGGGCCACUAGCUGGCAGAGGCCCUUUGUCCAAGCCAUCCUCAACUUGCCGGGCUGCCAGCUCACCGCAUUCGACCAGUGUCAGACAGGAUUGGUCACUCCUGGAGAGAACCCAAAGCCCAUCAGAAAGAGGACACUGUUGAUGUCCAACGCGCCGGCCAUCCAGGCCAUGUUCGGGCCCAUGCAGUGCAACUGCCCAGCAGCUUCGCACGUGCAUGUGCAGGGGUCUGUCGAUGGCAUCCGGUUGUCCACAUGGUGUCAGAGAUACACUCCCGGGCUUUGCAAUAAUCUGGCGGAGGCAGUGGCCAGAACACUUGGCCACGAGUGA